GAGCGCACUUUGAUUGGCCGAGGCGCGGGCGCUGGGGCAGGCGAUUGGCUGGGGCGGGGAGGGCGGAAGUGGAGAGGCGGUGACGGGAAAGAUGCAGGUCGCUCCGCAGGAUUACCGCAAUGUGCCCAUCGACAUCCAGACCAGCAAGCUGCUGGACUGGCUGCUGGACCGGCGGCACUGCGGGCGGCGCUGGCCGGCGCAGGUGGCGCAGGUGCGGGAGCGGAUCCGGGCGGCGCUGCAGGACAUGCCCGAGCACCCCGAGAUCCGAGCGCUGCUCCAGGGCUCCUGUCAGUGCCUGGCGCCGGCCGCGGGGUCUGGGAUCAGGGCUUGGCUCGGGGGGUUUGGGAAUUGGGGUCUGGGAUCAGGCCCAGGCUUUGUGGCAACGCCCGAUCCCGCGGGCCGAGCCCCCGGGGGUGUCGGGGUGACCGUGCCGUCCCCCCCAGCCGAGCUCUCGAGCCUGCUGGCGCGCAGCAUCGGCUACGAGCUGCCGGCGCUGCGGCGGCAGCGGGGCCGCUGGCAGCAGGCGCAGCAGGAGCUGGCGCGGCGCGAGGACGAGUGCCAGCUGCGGGCGGGCGAGCUCCGCGAGCGCUUCCUGAGCUCCUGCCGCCAGUACGGCAUCGCCGGCCAGGACGUGCGCCGGGAGCUGCUGGCUCAGGUGCAGGCGCUGCCGUCGCUGCUGUCCCGCAUCGGGGACGGCGCCAGCGCCCUCGGGGACGCCAUCGAGCUGUACCAGGCCUGCGUGGCCUUCGUGUGUGACAGCCCCGGGGCCGAGGCGCUGCCGCUGCUGCGGCUGGCGGUGUCGCACGGGAACUGCUCGGUGUUCCGGUGGCGCACGGGGCGGGAGCCGCAGCGGCUGGAGCGGCCCGAGCCGCGCGAGGCACCGGAGCCGCCCCGCGAGGACACGAUUGAUUGGGGGGAUUUCCCCGCGGAGCCGCCCCAGGGCGGGGACAUCGACUGGGGCAUCACCGUGGAGCCCGGUCCCCAGGGGGAUGAUGGCAUCGAUUGGGGCGACGGAGAGAAGGGACAGGAGGGGACAAUCACAGCAGAGCCCAGUCCCCAGGGGGACGAUGGCAUCGAUUGGGGUGACGGAGAGAAGGGACAGGAGGGGACGAUCACGGUGGUGGAGUCUGGAACCGAGGCCCCUGCAGCCCCCGAGGACGUUGCCCGCGGCUCGGACGCGCUGACCCUGCUGGAGAACCCCGAGACUCGGAACCAGUUCAUCGACGAGCUGAUGGAGGUGGGCACCGGGGACACGGCUGGCCCUGGCUGUGACCCUGGCAGUGUCCCUGUCAGUGUAUCUGUCGGUGUCCCUGUCAUUGUCCCUGGUGGUGUCCCUGUCCCUGUCAGUUCCCUGUCCCUGUCCCGGUCCCCGUCCUGUCCCUAUAUCGAGGCUGACAUCUCCAAGCGCUACGGGGGACGGCCGGUGAACCUGAUGGGUGUCAACCUGUGACACUGGGGACAUCAGCCUGGGACACCUGGGGGACAUCAGACUGUGACACUGGGGACAUCAGCCUGUGACACCUGGGGACAUCAACCUGUGACACUGGGGACAUCAACCUGUGACACC